GAGGCAGAGGAUGAGAGCGUUGCUCGAACUUCCUCCCGCCUCUUCUCUCGGGAGGGAUCAACAACCACCUGUGCGAGUUGGAAAGAACGGCGAUUGUUGAGUUCGUCGCGGCGGAGGGACUGGCUCGCACGGCAGCGCGGAGUCUCGUAACAGCGUUGGCUUGCUCCGACCAAGCCCAUCCCACCAGCGGGAGAGUUCGCGGCCCCCCACACCACCGCAGCCACCGCUUGCCGUGUUUCCUUUCUUUCUUUUUUUUUUGUAUUGCAUUUCCCAAAGUGAGCGAAAACGUUGUUCGCACGCAUUGUGUGUCGUUCGUCCGUCGGUGGCGUCGCCCCGCCGCUCAACGUCCGGCGUUUUGUUUUGCCAAGUGCGGCGUGCUUGCUGUUGGGUUCGCCCGCGCCGGAUUGCUUCGUCUGCUGCUGCUGUUGUCGUCUGGAGCCCAUGUUUGAAAUCUUGUGUCGUGCUCGCUCGGCGGCCCAUGUGCGGAGGGCCUUCUUCUACUUCUUCGUCCGAGGUUUGUGGUGAAGUAACCGGUGGUUUUCGCUGCGCGGAGUCAUGGAUCGCGACAAGUUCCACCGCGCCGCUCGCGACGGAUACCUGGAUCUUCUCCGGGAAGCCACUCGCAAGGACUGCAACACGCCCGACGAAGACGGCAUGACGCCCACCAUUUGGUCGGCGUACUACGGCCAUCUCGACGCUCUUCGCUUGCUCGUAGGACGAGGUGGUGAUCCCGACCGUUGCGACCACUACGGCAGCACGGCCCUGCACUGCGCGGCGGCCAACGGCCACAUCAACUGCGUCUCCUUCCUGGUCUCCUUCGGCGUCAACCUGUGGGCGCUGGACAACGACUUCCACACGGCCACCGACGUCGCCUCCAUCAACCAGAGGGAAGAGGUGCUGCGGUUCCUGGACCAGGCGGUGUCCAAGCAGAGCGCCCUCAACAAGAAGUUGGUGCAGCGGCUCAAGGAGAAGGCCCUACGAGACGCCGACAAGAGGCGCAAGGGCUACCAGAAGCUCACCCGAAAGGCGGCCAAGAAGGCCGAGCGCGACGACAAGAUGCUCGAGAAGCAGCGCAAGCGCAUGGCGCAGGUGGAGCUGCUGGUCGAGGCCAACAACGGCGUGCACAGCGCUCUGAUCCCGCUUCACGUGGGCGACGGCCGCGGUACCCUGCAACCCACGCGGGCGCCCAAGUUCUCGGACAUGGUCAGCACGGGAACCUCGACCACGGUGUCGAGCCGCAAGGGACUCGGCGCCGUCUCCAAGAAGGUGCACCUGCGCAAGCAGAACACCGACCCCGGGGACUUCAACAAGGUGCGGACCCUGGACAGCGACGGCAAGAAGUCGAUCCGCUCGCUGACGGGCCUGCAGCGGGACGCCGAGGUCGUCUUCGUGCCCAAGGGCUCCGCCGAGGAGCUCGCCCCGUCCUCGCGGCCCGGCCUGCCCGACUUCCUGGACUCCGGCUCGGCCGCGGGCGACCUCUCGCGGGCCAUCAGCGAGCCGGACCUGGGCGCGCACCCGGACUCCGGCCUGGGCGAGGACGAGCCCAUGACGGGCUCGAGCAUGUUCGAGCGGCCGGGCUUCGGCAGCGUGGCGUUCCGCAACUCCAUCUCGGGCACCCUGCUGUCCCUGCCGUCGUGUCGCAUGGACGACGAGGAAGCCGGCAGCAUCGCCGUCCCCUGCGGCAGCGUCGUGGACUCCAUCGGCUCGGCGGGCAGCCUGGCGCAGCGGCAGAGCGUCCUGCCCUGGGAGGACGUCGAGGACGUCUACUACGAGGAGGACGAGGAAGACGAAGAGGAGGACGGCGGCGCGACCCCGGCGAUCGUGGUGUUCCUCUCGGCCCACGGACUGGCCGAGUACGUGGACCUGUUCUCGAGGGAGAAGGUGGACCUGGACGCGCUGACGCUGCUCGGCGAGGAGGACCUCAAGGCCAUGGGCGUGCCCCUGGGACCGCGGAAGAAGCUGCUCAGGGCGGUGGAGCAGAGACGGGUGGCCUUCGAAGACCCCGGAGAGGUGGCCGAUUCCAGGCUGUAGUCUGGAGGACAGAUGCGUCGAGAGACACACGUCUUUGGCAUGCGAGUGUUUUCGUUUCUUGUGGGAGUGCUUGUGGGCGUGCUUGUGGGCGUCGUGUGAUGCCAGUCCGAGAGCGACCACACCGAUCGAUGAUCUGUAGCAAACGAACAGAGUGAAUUUUGUCCUCCUCUAUGUCUCUCUCACUCCCGUAAUCGAGUGCAUCGGAAAUGAACUUGUUCCCCACUUCUUCGCAACGUUUCGAGGUUUGCCGAAGGUGUUUGCUUGGCAUGAACUGCUCCGUUUGCGGAACCUAGUUCGGCAUCGCUGCGUCUCGGUGGUGCCAGGCGUUCUAGGAAUCCGCGUUGUAGAGAGAGAGAGAGACUUUAUGUAAUGAAAGCUGAAAAUAUCAGCCCUGAUGUGCAUGCAAAUGGCAAGGUAUGCGAGCCUUGCUAGACAUUUGUUUUUUGAGUGAGAGAUGCGACACAAGGGCGAAAUCUGAUUUCGCUCAAGGAUUAAGUGUUAUCACUGUAAACUCUUUUAUCUCAGUCAGCUCUUCGAUUUGUCGUGUUAGUUAAGCCACGCGUCCUAAAGAAAGCGUGGGGCCAAUGUGUUUCCUCUUGCGCGGAUUCAAUAACGCUUGUAAUUCCAGACGUUUGAGGUGUGUGCUCCUCAAAAGACGGUUUUUAAGUUCAGGGAACUUUUCUUCUUCUUCUACUUGAGGAAAGAUCUUAGUCAAGGUGAUUCCAGAAUACCGCCUGGAGCCGCAAAGCAUGCGCGCGCGCGUAGCUUUUGUAGAUUCAAGAAAAGAAAAUAGAUGUAAAGGCAUAUAAGGUGCGUCCCAAUUUACUGCAGGGAUGAUGUGCUUCCCUGCAAACCUUAUGUGGCACAGCGGCACACCUAAUCGAGAGUAUUUGUUGCAAGCAGGUUGAACUCGAAGGCCUUUUAGCAUACUUCCGAAAAGUGCUGUUUUAGAAGUGGUCCGCGUAGCUUUCACCAUUCACAGACGUUGUUGCACCAACUAUCGACACAGAGACUGCCCUCCCCCCACCCCAUUUACGGAAUAUAAUAACUUGUCCUUCACGCGAUUCCGGUCACCGAAGAGGUGUGUUAAUGUGGGCGCUGACCUAUUUGUUCGACUUGUGCGAUGUUCAAAUCACGUCACAUAAAGAUGUGCUUAAACACAGUCGAAGGGACACUACAGAGGAUUGUCGAACUGCAGCAGAUGGCUUGUCAUCCCGCUCAAGCUUUCUGUGACGUCAUAGAUUCUGGCGGCGUUCUUCCAAGGUUAUUUAAAAAAAUAAUAAUAAUACAGUGCAGCGGAAUCUCGUUGAUGCGACCUCUAAGGGAACCGGGAAACAAAAUGUAUCAUCCGAAAAUCGUAUUAUCCGUAUGGGGACACAUUGCUUCUGUGGGACGUUGAGCGGCAAAAUAUAAACGUUUUAUCCCAAAAGCGUAUUAUGCAGAGUCGUAUCAACGAGAUUCAACUGUAACAAAAAAUCAUUACAUUCUAAAAUAAGAAAAACAAGAACUCGGCCUGACAACUUUCGUGUGCGCUUCCUGCAUACAAAGAUAAAAUAUCGUAAAUAAAGAUAAAUUCUACGAUAAGAUAUUGCAAAAUCCGUGACGGCACAGGUGCCGCCUAUAAUAGGGCCGCGUAAUUAAGAGGAAGCUUUAGCUCGGGUGCUCCUAUCUAAAUACACGUAAAAGGAGAAUUCGUUUUUCUUGGCAACCACAGCACCAAAUUUGACGGGGUUUGUUGCAUUUAAAAGAAAAACUUAAAAUCUAGUGACUGUUGGUUUCAAAUUUUCGAUUUAGGUCGUCAAUUUUUUAUAAAAAAUUGGCAAAAAUCGCAAAUUUUCAGAAAACGAAACUAUUAAGUUUACAACUCUGUAACUCAGCAAGAAUAGGCGAUAUCGCAAUUCUGUGGAUUGUACCUAAUAGCACAUCUAAAGCGGACAAAUUUGACAUCCUAUACAUGAAUCUAAAAAAAUUUAUUAAUAUGUAAUUACAACUUUUGCAGAAACCUCGUAAACAACGUUACAAACUUACGUAAGAUGUAAAAUGACAUAUGAAAUUUGUCCGCUUUGAAUGAUAUAAUGGAUGCCGUUUACAGAACCGCGAUAUCUGUUCUUGAUGCAGAGCUAUUAGUUUGUAAAUUUCGUGCUUCUAUUUUUUUCAAACUUCUGAAUAUUUGUAAAUCUCUUUAACAAAAUUCAAGCCCUAAAUCAAAAUUCCGCUUCCAACAGUCACUGGAAUUUAACUUUCUCUCUCAAAAGCAACAAAUUUCAUUAAAAUCAGUCCAGGGGUUCUCAGAAAAACGUUUUUGCGUUUUUGCAUGUAUUUGAAUAUGCCGCGUCGGAGUUGGGCCCGAGCUAAAGCUUCCUCUUAAGGACACUUGUUUACAUGUGCUAUUCAAAUGCUAUUUGGAUUCAUUCAGUGUUUCCCCUUAAUGUCCUUUCAUACAUACAUUUUGACGAAUUUAGUGCUCAAGAGAACGCAGCGACGUCAGCAAGAGUUGGCACUAAUUUGCUCCGCCAAUCCGAGCAACUAGCGCGAGCUUGAAAUGUCAAUGGGAGCAGGAGUGUUCGUGACUGCAUAGUUUCUUGCAUUUCAGGGUCGUUGGUCACCGCGGGCUCCACGCGAACUGACUUUUACGUGCGCUGAAGUUUCAGUCCUGCUUUUGUAUCUAUCCGAGAAAACUGUCAGAUCAGCCAUCGCAUUCGUCGGCUGUGGACAAAGAGGAAAAGUAUCAGUCGUCUUAUGUUUCUUACGGUGCGGCACAUUCAUCUCAAGGGGGGGUCCGACAACAAACCUCCCAGAACGUGUUGUGAGAUGUUUGUGGAAGCGAAGAGACAUUGAUGCACAGUGAUAGGAUCCAUCGAGCAAGCAUGCAUGCUGUCGGUGGUUGUAGUAAUUCAAACUUUAAAUGUGGCACGGAAAAGUCGGCGUAAGCUGUGCACGUGGCGCGAACUGGCGGUGAAACUUGGUACUUCGAUACGGAUGCAAUCGGGUUGCUGCACGUAAGUCGCCUCUAAUUUAGUGCGCAGCACUUAUUGUUUGAAGUCGCAGUCUCUAAUUGUCUCACGUUCGCGAUUUACUCUACGAUUAUUACGAGCUAAAGAAAGUUGACGCUAAAAAAAAGCGGCGCUGCCUUCGAGGCAACGAGUGGAGCGGAUAUCCACGCGUCCCUCAUUGCAUGGGAGUACACGUGAGCAUUCUUGUACGCGCUUAACAUUGUGAGUAACUACUCAAGAGUUCUGUGGUCUUCCUCCUGUGAGAUACAAAAUUCCCUUCCACCAAUUGGGCCGCACAGGGUUGCCAGCACUCCACGGCUAGCACUGCAUACUGGCACGUCCUGCCGCUUCCCACCAAUGCCGGCGUACAAUCGCUAUCGCACUCGCCUAUCGCUGUUUCGAGCACGUUUUCUGGCGUGUGACUUGGUGAGCACGAUCGCGACUGCAGAUCGAAAAACAAAAAUGUCUUUUUAAAAACUGUCUUACGGCGUUUCCCGCGUUACCACGGCAGGAAUGGGCACUCUUACCGGUAAGCUUUUCUUGCAUCGCAAGAUACGGCACCACAAAAGUUGGUUGUCGGUCUCUUUAAAGAGGGUCAACUGCUGGUAAACAAAACUUAAUUGGUUAUACGCGAGUGGCACCUUGCACUUUCGAAGCAAUCUUGGAAAAUCUGCAGGUCUAGCGGUGGCCUUCAGUGGCCACAGUGCCAUCAUUCUCGUAGUAAACCGAAUCAAUCUAGAAUUUAGUAGCCUUUCAACAGCACCUUGGCAGACAACACCAGCGCCUGGUAGUUAUCGGCUCAGAUUCCAAAGCAUGGCUUCCGAGAUUCUUAGUGCGCCGCUCGAUCUCUGAGGUCGUGCCCAGGUGCCGCACUUGUUCCCAAGCUUCCGGGUUUUGCUUCAUUUGCGUCGUGUGGUAAUGCUUUAUUUUCGAGUUUUAUCAGAAACGUAUAUUUCAUGAGCCUUUCAUGACGAAUCUACUCGUAUUUCAGUUGUAGAGUUUUCCACUGAAGGCUCUUUUAUAUCUUUAGCAUCUGAAACGAUUGUCUUACGCGGUUCGAAGUUUCGUAGAAGUUGGCCUUUAAUUUGGUCCGUGGAAACGGUGAUUGUUCAGCAACUGCUCCGGCUAAUGUCGCACACUUCAAUGUUGGGUGCUCAUUUCAGAAGUCCAAACAGCCGUGACCUGAGACAUCAAUAACUUUGGAAUCGCGGUGAGCCAAAACCCCCCAAGAAGCCUUACGACUCCCAAAAUAAACUCUCUUGACGAAUUCGCUAGGCUGAUACCUUCGUACUCCGAGGUAUCGAAUGUGUUUUUUUUUCUUCUCUUUCUUUUCACAGAGCACCACAUUGAAUGACAUGCGCUAAAGAAGUGUGGGAAUAGCUAUAUGUGACCGCUUGAAACGCCAAAUAAACGGAUGA